GGAGGGCCGGGGCUGGGGCGGGGAGGCCCUUUGGGGGACUUCUCGUGGGCCUUGAAUUGUCUCAGACUCCUGGCCGCCCUCUCAUGGGGUUUUCCUGGGCACGUUUCCCCAGAGGGAGUGAGCCAUGGCCAUAGACUGCCUCAGUGGAAGUCUAGCUGGAGGCAGAGGGAGCGAAUGGAGCCACUCUAAGGGCUGACAGCCUCGGUUGGGUUUCCUUUGAGAAACUGGAGCCAUGUGUCCAAAGGAGGGCGACCAAAAUGGGGAAGGGUCUGGAAACCAAGCCCUGCGAGGAAAGACUCAGGCAGCUGGGGAUGUUCAGCCUGGAGAAGAGAAGGCUAAGAGGAAAAUCUGUUAAAAAGAGAGCAAUUUCUCUUUGGAAAUUUGACCAAUCAAAAAUGGAGAAGGAGGAAUCUGCUGGGCCUGAGUUAGGAAAAGGUCUUCCUCCCAUUCAGGCUGAGACCAGUGAAGCAUUCUGGAAAAGAACCGCACAGCACAGCCUGAGGAAAGAUAUGCUCAGUUCAGAUCUACAGCUCCAACGUUUCAGGCAGUUCUGCUAUGAAGAGGCAGAAAGACCCAGAAAGAUUUGCAGCCAACUCCACAAUCUGUGCUGCCAAUGGCUGAAGCCAGAAAGACACACCAAGAUUCAGAUGCUGGACCUGGUGGUCCUGGAGCAAUUCUUGGCUGUUCUUCCCCCAGAGAUGGAGGGCUGGCUCAGGGAGUGUGGAGUGGAAACGAGUUCCCAGGCAGUGGCCCUGGCAGAGGGUUUCCUUCUGAGUCAAGCAGAGGAGAAGAAACGGAAAGAGCAGCAGAACGUGAUUGUGGAAGGAACAGCUGAAGCAGGGAAGGGUCCUUCUGAAACCAUGCUGCACAGGCAGAGAGUCUCCACCUCAGUGGGAGAUGGAACAAGGGCACAGACAACGCAUGCUAGUUCAUCUCCUGAUAAUGAUAUGUCUGGCUCAGCUUCCAUGAGACUGGAUCAGGUGACCUUCGAAGAGGUGGCUGUGUUUUUCAGUGAGGAGGAGUGGGCCUUGCUGGCCCCAGGACAAUGGGCCCUGCACAGGGAAGUGAUGGAGGAGAAUUUGGGGCUUGUGUCCUCUCUGGAUGUAGAUGAUCCAUGGUGUAAGAAUGAAGAAGAACUAUCCAGGGUGUUCCCCAAAAGGGCCAGUUAUAAAAUAAUGGAAGAGAAUGGGAGAAAAACUGGCUCUCAAAGGAAGGGGAAGAACCAAGCAUCUACUUCUCAGGGUGGGGAGGUCUGUGGAAUCUCAGUGCAAGAAAUUACAAAAGAAAAAAAGAAAAGAAAUAGAUAUAUAUGCCUUCUAUGUGGAAGAAGCUUUCACUUUAAAGUAAGGCUUAACUGUCAUGUGAGAACUCAUACAGGGGUGAUUUCUUUCAAUGGUGAUGAGUGUGGAAAGAUCAUCAGGAAUGCCCUGAUUUCCCAUAAAAAAAUCUACAAAAGUGAAAAACCAUUUCAAUGCUUGGACUGUGGAAAGAUCUUCAGUCAGAGGACAGUCCUCACUCGUCAUCAAGCAACUCACACUGGGGAGAAGCCAUUUCAGUGCUUACAGUGUGGAAAGAGCUUCAGUCAGAAGAUAGAACUUACCUCUCAUCUAAUAAGUCAUACAGGAGAGAAGCCAUUUCAGUGCUUAGAAUGUGGAAAGAAGUUCAGACAGAGGAAAGGGCUUACUUUUCAUCAAAGAAGCCACACAGGAGCGAAGCCAUUUCAGUGCUUAGAGUGUGGAAAGAGGUUCAAUCAGAAGAUAGGACUAACUUAUCAUCAGAGAGGUCAUACAGGGGAGAAACCAUUUAAAUGUUUGGAAUGUGGAAAGAGCUUCAGUCAGAAACAAAAUCUCAAUACUCAUCAAAGAAGUCAUACAGGGGAGAAACCAUUUCAGUGCUUAGAGUGUGGAAAGAGGUUCAGAUGGAGGGCAGAUCUCCCUUAUCAUCAAAUAAUUCACACAGGGGAGAAACCAUUUAAAUGUUUGGAGUGUGGAAAGAGCUUCAGCCAGAAGUCACACCUCGUGUCUCACCAAAGAUGUCAUACAGGGGAAAAACCAUUUCAGUGCUUAGAGUGUGGAAAGAGCUUCAGUCAGAAGAUAGGGCUUACCUCUCAUCAAAGAAGCCAUACAGGGGAGAAGCCAUUUCAGUGCUUACAGUGUGGAAAGAGGUUCAGUCAGAAAACAGGACUUAUUCAUCAUCAAAGAAGUCAUACAGGAGAGAAGCCAUUUCAGUGCUUAGUGUGUGCAAAGAGCUUCAUUCAGAAGAUGCAACUUAUUUCUCAUCAAAGAAGUCAUACAGGAGAGAAGCAAUUUCACACAGGGGAGAAACCAUUUAAAUGUUUGGAAUGUGGAAAGAGUUUCAGAUGGAAGAUGGGUCUUACCUGUCAUCAGAGAAUUCACACGGGAGAGAACCCAUUUAAAUGUUCAGAGUGUGGCAAGAGCUUCAGUUGUAAUUCACGCCUCACAUCUCAUCAAAGAAGUCAUACAGGGGAAAAACCAUUUGAGUGCUUAGAGUGUGGAAAGAGGUUCAGCCGGAAGACAGGGCUUACUUGUCAUCAAAGAAGUCAUGCAGGGGAGAAGCCAUUUAAAUGUUUGGAAUGUGGAAAGAGCUUCAGUCUUAAGGCACACCUCACGUCUCACCAAAGACGUCAUAAAGGAGAAAAACCAUUUGAGUGCUUAGAGUGUGGAAAGAAGUUCAACCAGAAGCCAAACCUCAUUGCUCAUCAAAGAAGUCAUACAGGGGAGAAACCAUUUNAGUGCUUAGAAUGUGGAAAGAGGUUCAGUCAGAAGCAAACCAAUUCCCAUAAAAGAAUUAUACAGGAAGGAGCCCAUUUCAGUUCUUGGAGCCUGGAAAGAGCUUCAGAUGGAGAACAGAUCUCACUUAUCAUCAAAUAAUCA